AUGUCCAAAACACUUUUCCUCACAAUUUCCUUCCUGACCGUCGUUUUCGCCGAGUUCGAUCCCCAUUUCCAAUUUUUCCUCCAACACAAACUAGGAAAAGAAGUUGCCGAGAAGUUCGCCAGAAAAGACGUCGCCAACAUUGGCAGCUUCGGCGGUGGUCUCUUGACCGGUGAACAAAAGUAGGUUUUUGUUUAUUAAUUUAUUCCCUGAAAAGUAAGAUAUUACUAAAUGACAUGUCGCAUUACUCAUUAUUUAGAAUAAGUACUUUCUGUAAAAAUUAGUUUUAUCAAAAAAUGUGUGCAAUAUUGCGCGCGGAUGAAUGUUUUAGGGAGUUAUAGCGCGAAAAACGAAACUUUCGAAAUUUCUGUUUUUUUUUCUAGUUUUCAUUGAUUUCGACAUGUUAUCAUUGUUUUUUUCAGUUGAGUAACUUUGUGACAACUCUCUCACUUUCUAAUCACUUAAAAAAAUUUAAGAAUAAAUUUACGGAAAAAUACUACAAAAAAAUAACGUUUAAUGAAAAACUUUUUUUUCUUUUUUUCCUCCAAUUUUUUUGCACUCUUUACUUUCCGCAACAUACAGAACUUUUUUGAAGUUUUAAGGUUUCUUUUUUUGAAUAAAAUAUAUUUGAGAGUCCGGCCAAUCGUUCUAGUCCAUGGAUUCCGCAACCAAGCCGACUCUCUUUGGAAAAUUCGACGGGAUUUUGUUGCUUCCGGUAAUUUCGUUCAGUUUAUUUUUUUGAAGCUAGUAAUUUCGCUGAUUUGGUUUAUUUAUAUCAUUAUCCAAAGAUUUUUUUAAUUCAGUUUUUCAGGAUUCCCCGUGGAGCGAAUUUUUCGCCACAACUUGGGGAGCGGGAGAAACGUCCGAUUUGCAGUUUGACGAAUCCCUGCAAUGUGCUCAUGUGAAGCAUGUCCGUAGUUAUCAGAUAAUAAUGAAAAAUUUGAAAAAAACCUUGUAUAUAAAGUGAAAAAAAUAGCAAGCUUUUUGUUAUAAUUUUCACAAAAAAAUGUGAUUUUUUUGAAGAAAAAAACGGUAAAUUUCUGUGAUUUCCUACUUUUUUGAAUUUUUUUGAAGCUUGGAAAGGGUUUUUUUCUGAUUUUCGCGUAUUGGAUCAUUUAUAAGCGUUUUUAAAAAUCAUAUAAUCAAAAAAAUAUCGUUUCAGGACUUUUUUUAUAAAUCGUAAUAUAAAUUUUUCUACACCUGUACAACGAAAUUUUGUCUAGUUUUUUUUCAACUUUUUUUUAAAAGUGGUCUCUUAAGGGAUUUCAAGCGGUGUAGUGUACUCCGCGCUAGUCGGUCACUUUUUUUUUGCGUUCCUAAAAAUACAAAUAUUAUCGAUUUUCCGCGAAAAAAACGUGACAAGCUUGCGGGUAACGACUUCAAAUCGUUAGAUAUCUUACCCGGAAUAUUUUGAACUAUUUUUUUUUUCAGAUCCGCGACUUUAUCAACGCGAUAUCGCGCUACACCUGGAGCAAGGUCGACGUUAUCGCCUAUUCGAUGGGCGCCCCAUUAAGCCGAAAAGUUUAUAGUCAUUCUCUUUCAAUUCCUGCCAAAACAGCAAGGAUUUUUAUCGCCUUUGAUACCCCCACGAAAACCUGAUCGCACCUUGAUUGGCUUCCUCGGCUUCAAGGGCGAAUAGAUACGAAAGAUCAAUCGCUGGUCUUUCGGACAGGAAAACAAGAAAAUUGAUGGUCUACUCGGAAAAUGUUUAGUGGUCACUAUAGUAGUCAAAUUAGUGGCCACUUGAGGGGUUAAAAAUUAAUGGUAACUAUAGAAGUCUAAGUGCUACUACUAGACCACUAAAAAUUUUAGUGGCCCCUUUAGGGGUCAAUGGAUCAAAAUAACUGGUACAAUCUGUUUGUUUUAAAAUUAUCAGAGUUACUGGAAGGAAUACUGGAUGAAAAUCUACUGAAGUGGCCACUAAAUGGAGAAUCUCUAUAGUGACCACUAAAACGUAAAACAGUGGCCACUUUAGUGUCCUCUCCAAGUAGCCCUUGGCCAGUCUCUAUAGUGGUCAUUCAACAUUUUGCCAGUAGAUUGGGAAAACAGUUUGACAACUGAAAUUUUCUAAAAUCUUUAAAAAAGGCACAUUUUAGUUUGAUUAAAUGAAUUUCUCUUUUUUGAAAGAGAAAUUUCUUUGAAAAUGGUUUGAAAAUUAAGGAUUUUUUGGUAUUCAGACCAGGGAACGCAGAAAAAAAAGGAUCCAGAAGAAUGGAAAAAAACAUUUUUUCAGCAGAAUUUUUCUCUAGAAACGGUAGAAUAUAAAGCCUUUUUAAAGACCUCAAAGAGAAUUUGAGGCUAGUUUUAAUAUUUUUUUAAUGAAUUUUAAGAUUUUUUUUUUUUUUCAAUAUUGACCCCUUCCUCGGUUUUCUCACCAAACCUUUCUGACAAAAAACCAAAAAAAAAAGGGAAGGUUUUUUGAGAGCUUUUUUUGGAUUCAUGGUCUCUAGAAGUUGCAGAAAAGUCAUAAAUUUAUUUUUCAAUGUUAUCUUGAAAAUUCCUAAAAUUUCCAGGCGAUACUCGGAGGGCAGUGCAUCGAAAACGGCGAACUUCUUGGCAAGCCAUUGACCCGAAAAAUUCAUUCUUUCAUCUCCGUCGCUGGCGCUAAUCAUGGUGAUUUUCAAUAUGUUUGGUCUGGAAUCGAGAAAAAAAAAAGUCGAAAUGUUCAAAAACACCUGAAAAAUGGUCUUUUCAGCUUCUUUUUGACCCUUUUUGUCAGAAAAAGGAUUUUUCCUUAAGAAGUUUCUUAGAGAAACAUGCUCUAAAAGGUAUUUUUUGUUUUAGAAAGGUGGAAGAGAAGUUCAUGUACCAUUUUUGGAACCCUUUUAAAAGUUAAAUAAGGGUCCUUUUCUAUGAAUUUUGGGCCCUUCCUUCGGAAAAUUUGAAAAAAGAAGAAAAUCACGUUUUCAUUUUAAUCGUGUACUUUGGGGCCUCGUGAAAAACGUUAAAAUGUUCAAAAUGAUCUUGUCAUUUUUUUCGAACUCCAAAACCAUUUUUUUUGCUUGAAAAACCCUCCAAAGGCUAUUUUUCAUUAUGAAUAGUUGGUAGAGGAGUUCAUUAACCAUUUUAGGAACCUUUUUAAAGGGUUAAAAAGGGUCCUUUUCCAAGAAUUUUGGGCCUUUCCUUUGGAAAAUACGAAAAAGAAGAAGAUCACGUUUUCCAUAUCAUUCGAGUACUUUGGGGUAUUGUGAAAAACGUCGAAAUUUUCAAAAAUACCUGAAAAAUGGUCUUUCCAUCUUCUUUUUGAACCUUUCUGUUAGAAAAACUUUUUUGAAAAUCGAAAAAUUUUCUUGCUCAAUUUCUCAAGAAAGUUUGUUUGAAAAGCCUCCAAAAGGAAUUUUUUCAUUUUGGAUAGGUGAAAGAGGAGUUCAUUAACCCUUUAGGGACCUCUUUGAAGGUUUAGAAAGGGUCCUUUUCCAAGAAUUUUGGGCCUUUCCUUUGGAAAGUUCGAAAAAGAAGAAAAUCACGUUUUCCAUAUCAUUCGAGUACUUUGGGGUAUUGUGAAAAACGUCAAAAUGUUCAAAAUGAUCUUGUCAUUUUUUUCGAACUCCAAAACCAUUUUUUUUGCUUGAAAAACCCUCAAAAGGCUAUUUUUCAUUUUGAAUAGGUGGUAGAGGAGUUCAUGAACCAUUUUAGGAACCUUUUUAAAGGGUUAAAAAGGGUCCUUUUCCAAGAAUUUUGGGCCUUUCCUUUGGAAAAUACGAAAAAGGAAGGAGUUCACCUGGAAAGAAUGUGUAUAUUCUUUGGUCGGAACGGAAACCUGUUCCAAUGUAAUCGAACUGAUUACCCUUUUGAUCGCCGGCUGGCCGCCGACUACAGUAUACUUAGACAGUUUUUUUGUUUCAUCAAGAUCUUUCCGUCCAGAUUGGACCGAAGGAUAAGGGGACACCUGAGUGUUUUGAGAAAAUUUUAAGAUAACUUCCUUUUUUUUGUCAUUUAAACUAUUCAAAAGCAUCAAACUAGAGUAGAGUUGGGGCGUGCCGUAGCGCAACAGGUUGUGUGCCUGUCUACGGUCCACAGGGUCACAAGUUCGAUCCGCGCCUCGACCCAACCAAGGGGUUUAAGAAAUGUUGGUAGUUGGAAACCACGGCCGUCACACACAAGGACGGAUAUGUCACUGGAGCCAGUCUACUGAUUAUCACAUAUCUGGAUAGGACCUCAGCUAAUCGACUUGGGGCACCGACGCCGCUCAAGCGUUACAAAGGUGUAAGAAUAAGGAGAAGAAGAAACUAGAGUAUAGUUGAGGAAUUUUUGUUUUUUUGGAAAAGUUUUUUUCAAGAAAGUUAGAAGUUUCAGCGCUGGUUUCUCUUUCACGCUUUUAUUUAAUCUAUAGAAAAGUGAUUUCGUAAACUUGAGAGUAGAAAUUUGAACAAAACCGGUUCUGAAACCCCGUGGAAUCAAUUGAAAUUUCCAAUUUUUGAGUUCGAAAUUAUCCUUUCAGUAGUAUCUCAUCAAAAGUAGGUGAGUUUCAGAAGUAUUGAGAAGAAAAAAAGGAUUUUUUUGAUGGUUAAUUGAAACUUUCGUAGCUUUAUCGACCUCUAGGCUUCUUAAGCCUUUCCCAUAAAUAACAAAAAAAGCAACGGAAAUUUUUACAAAAUUCACAGUUCUGUGGGAUCUGAAGUAGUUUUUUUGGGACUUGGAUCAAUUUCAGAUUCUCUUGCAUAGAGCAGAAAAAAACAAAAAGCAUUGAAAGACCCAAUAAGAAGCUGUGUACUAUCUGACUUUCCUUUCAAAAUUUUCAUAGUCUUCAAAAUUUUCUACACCCUUUCAACAUCCAUAAAACAAGAUAAUACAUGAUUUUUUUUGUGGCUUUCUAAAAUUUCUAGUACUUCUUCUUAACCCCCCUAACAAAAAGUCCAGUACUUUCUAACCCACCCCCUGCCGAACAUAAAAAAACAGAAAAAAAGAGACUAAAAAGGUCAAUUGAAUCCAUUUUUUUCCAAAACCAUAGUCUUAACUCCCCCUCCCCCUCGAACAUAACAACGAUAAAAGAGACCGUAUUAACCCCCUCGCCUUUUAAAUUUUUUUAAAACUCCAAAACAACAAAGUGAAACACAAUUUUCGUGCCUUUCUCAAUCUCCAGUACUUCCCCCGACCACAACAACGAAAAAGACCGAAAGGCCAUCGGCAGCGGCUUUCCAUUGCGACAGCCUCAUCAGUAUCCAUCAGGCUUUUGGCGCCGCCAAACAAGAAAUCGCCAUGCCCUUUUGCGGCAAGUGUUUUCCAGCGAUACUGUAGGCAAAACUGGCCGAGACCCCCGAUGCCUCUUCUGAUUUAUUAUCCGUUCUCUACGCAAUUUUUCCCCCUGCUUUUUUUGGCCUGCCAGACGGCCAAACCGUGUCGCUAGACUGGGUCCCGUGACCGUGCAGACAAGAAAUCGCCAUUUCGUUGAUCGCUUCGAACCGAAAAAAAUUAGGGGUACGGUACGAGGAGAUGAUACUUCCUGGUAGAGCGAAAAGGGUACAGAAAAUGCGAAUUUUCGAGAUAAAACAUAUAAUUAUCCGUGGAGCGCAUAUUCCUUGUCAAUUUUGGCGGCUAUUUUUUUUUCGCCGAGAAUGAAAACUUUUCAAUGGACUAUUAGUACAUCCUUCUACGUACCUGUCACAGGAAUAUCAGAGCUUUUUUGAAUGGAAAAAAAAAUCAAAAAAAGGACCGAAAGUAGAGAAAAAGGGAUAUGAACUUUGUAUAGCGGAAAAAAAAAUUUUAAAUUAUUUUUACUAAUUUUUUUAACUGGUUACAGAAGUUGAAUAGUGGCCAAGUUCCAAGAGAAAAAAAUGGCGGAAUAAGCGAAAUAGCACGCAGAAUUGAGAGACAUCUCUGGUCAUACAGUAUUCCAUUUUUUUUAAAGAACAGAUGAAUCUAAAAUAAAAAUCUAAGGAUGAACUCGAACCUUGGUCGCGAAUCGGGCGUUUCGGCGCAUUCCUAGGGACCACUUAAGGGUCUGACGAUACUAAAGUGGUCACUAGACAUGAUCCCAUUUGCAUCGCGUUAAAAAGAUGCAACAGGCUCCAAUUUAGCAGUUCUCUCUAAUGCAUUCCGAUGCACUUUUGCGCAAGUCGUUUUUGGUGGGACGCACGUCUCAAAGCAGCCACUAAGCGUUGGGUCAUCCCACCUACGAUCUUUAGCUUCAAACUUGGGAGUAUAGGACAUUUUCUAGGCUCCUACCUCUGCUCCACCUUCCCCUUCGGCAACAUUUGCAACUUUGUCAACGGCCUAGCCUGCGAUUCCAAGUUCUUGAAGGAAGUCAAUUCAAAGUCUCCCUCCUGAAAAUUUCCCCGAAAACUAUCGGAUUUUUUCCAGGAAACACUACGAGGGCAAAAAUGUGUACAGUAUCGCUUCGGAAGACGACGACGUAGUGGGAUAUAAGACGUGUGGGCGGAAAACCUCCAAGAUUUACGGGUCCAAGGAAAUCGUGGUAUUUUCCCCGGUCUAAGGUCGAGAAAAUGCGGAUUUUUUUCAGCUGAAAGGCUUGAAUCACGAGGAGACCGAGUUCGACACGGCCAAUAUUCAAUUGGCGUUAGUUCGUAAGUUUUUCCCCCCAGAAAAAAUGCCCAAAAUCGUUUUCAGGAGCAGCUUGA